AUGGAAACUGAAGAAGCGAAAAGCUUAAACCCAGGAGAAUUCCCCCCAACUUAUAUCGCCGGUUUCCAUUAUGAGGACUGGGUAAGGUGUAUGGAAUAUCGAAUGCUUGGGAAAACUGGUUUCUAUGUAUCCAAAUUGAGUCUUGGUGGUUCGAGCCUUGCAGGCAUUUAUAAUAACAUAGAUGUAAAUGAAGCAAUCGAAGUCAUGAGAGAGGGAAUUAAACGCGGUGUCAAUCUUAUCGACACUGCUCCUUGGUAUGGAGAAGGAAGAUCGGAAUGUUUACUCGGACAGAUUUUGUUGACUAUACCUCGAAAAGCUUACUUCCUCUGCACAAAAGUUGGGCGUUACCAACAAGACAAAAGUAAAAUGUUUGACUUUUCAGCGAAGAAAACCUUGGAAAGUGUCAACCUGAGUUUGGAGAGGUUAAAAGUCUCUUACAUCGACCUUGUACAGGUUCAUGACAUUGAAUUUGCUCCGAAUCCAGAAAUAGUGUUGAACGAGACUCUUGUUGCUCUUGACAGCUUAAGAGCUGCUAAAAAAGUGCGUUUUGUCGGCAUCACAGGUUACCCGCUGGAAAUGUUGAAGUACAUUUUGUCAAAAAGUAGAAUAAAAAUCGACACUAUAUUGAGCUACUGCCAUUCCAGUCUCCAUGACGACACUCUACACGAAUAUUCCAAUUUCUUCAAGGAAAAACAAGUCGCUAUUAUAAGCGCCUCUCCCAUGAGCAUGGGUCUCCUGACGGAUAACGGACCUCCAAUGUGGCACCCUUCUGGCAAAGAUCUAAGAGAAGCUUGCGCAAAAGCUGCUCAGUUUUGUAGAUUGAAAGGUGUGAGUAUUUCCAAGCUUGCAAUGCACUUCAGUCUAUCCUUGCCGUACGUUGAUACAACAUUGGUUAGUACUGACAAGCUUGAAUACCUAUAUGCAAAUCUGGAGAUAAAUAAAGGGUCUCUUACUGAAACUGAAUCUGAGACCAUGGUUUACAUCUGUGAACACUUCUUUAAACCACUGAAAGUAAAAUCUUGGGAAGGAGUCGAACUGGAAAAGUACAAAACUGCCUUAAAGAAACUCACUUCAGUCUAG